UAUGUGUGACUGGAACUCAGUUUUUCUCCUUUGCUUCUUUUGGGAAGUAUUAAUGCCUUGAGUGAUACUUUUUUGACAAGUAGAAACAAAAUUUAUUUCAAGCCCAGUUAAAUAAGACAGAUUUCAGUGUUUUAGUCUGUAGCUGUUAAAACUUCAAGAAAGUCUUCAACUCGUGCCAGAUUGUGAGCCCCAAGAAGGGUUUGGCAUUAGAGACAAUGCAGGACAACCCUGUCCUGUAGGGUUCUUGGCUUUGAGUUUGUAUUUCCUACAGUUUGGUAAAUUUGUCUUGUAUAUUUUGUUUAUGACAAAUUUCUUGAGUUAAUGUAAUAUUUAAUUUCAGACUGCCCUUAACUAUGUUAAAUUUCUUUCCUCCCCAAAAUAAUCAUUACAGAUUAACUGGAAUUGGUUCUUUUCAGCUUUAUAGAUAUCCAUAAAUGUUGAAAUAUGUACUUAUUCUGUAUUAUUUCCUCUCUCAGCCUAUAAGAUGAAUUCAGAAUUGGGUUUGUUACCUACUCUUUUCAUCUUUUAAAAAUAUUUUAAUAAUUAAACAUGUCAAACUUUUUAUUAUGAUACAUUCUCUAAGAUCUACUUACACUAUGUAUUUUAGGAUAUUGGUGCAGGAAAAGGCAAAUACUAUGCUGUCAAUUUUCCAAUGAGAGAUGGUAUAGAUGAUGAAUCAUAUGGCCAGAUAUUUAAGCCUAUUAUUUCAAAAGUGAUGGAGAUGUAUCAGCCCAGUGCUGUGGUGCUGCAGUGCGGUGCAGACUCGCUGUCUGGCGAUAGACUCGGUUGCUUCAAUCUGACAGUUAAAGGUCAUGCUAAAUGUGUAGAAGUUGUAAAAACUUUCAAUUUACCAUUACUGAUGCUUGGGGGAGGUGGAUACACAAUCCGCAACGUUGCUCGGUGUUGGACAUAUGAGACUGCAGUUGCCCUUGACUGUGAGAUUCCCAACGAAUUGCCAUAUAAUGAUUAUUUUGAGUAUUUUGGACCGGACUUCAAACUGCAUAUUAGUCCUUCAAACAUGACAAACCAGAACACUCCAGAAUAUAUGGAAAAGAUAAAACAGCGUUUAUUUGAAAAUUUACGCAUGUUGCCUCAUGCACCUGGUGUCCAGAUGCAAGCUAUUCCAGAAGAUGCAGUUCAUGAAGAUAGUGGAGAUGAAGAUGGAGAAGAUCCAGACAAGAGAAUUUCUAUUCGAGCAUCAGACAAACGAAUAGCUUGUGAUGAAGAGUUCUCAGAUUCUGAGGAUGAAGGAGAAGGUGGUCGUAGAAAUGUGGCUGAUCAUAAGAAAGGAGCAAAAAAAGCUAGAAUCGAAGAAGACAAGAAGGAAACGGAGGACAAAAAAGCAGAUGUUAAGGAGGAAGAUAAAUCCAAGGAUAAUAGUGGUGAAAAAACAGAUACCAAAGGAGCCAAAUCAGAACAGCUCAGCAAUCCUUGAAUUUGAGUCUCACCACUUUGAGAAACCAUAAAAAAGUGAGCAAAUAUUGGGAAGAAAAAUGUUUUUUCUUUUUGAAGACUUCUGGCUUCAUUUUAUACUACUUUGGCAUGGACUGUAUUUAUUUUCAAAAUGGCUUUUUGUUUUUGUUUUUCUUGGCAAGUUUUAUUGUGAGUUUUCUAAUUAUGAAGCAAAAUUUCUUUUCUCCACCAUGCUUUACGUGAUAGUAUUUAAAAUUGAUGUGUUAUUAUGUCAAAAAACUGAUCUAUUAAAGAAGUAAUUGGCCUUUCUGAGCUGAUUUUUCCAUCUUUUGUAAUUAUCUUUAUUAAAAAAUUGUACUUCGA